CUGUCUUCUCUCUACCACUGUCUGCAUUCUCUUUGCUGCAUCAGCACCAGGAGCGCCAGGCUGCCUGAGCCUCGGUCCCCCUUUGGACUCGCUUGGAAGUCACAGAACUCACCUUCCUAUAUCCAAAGCAGCUGAUCAGAGUGAAAGAAGCCCCAUCCACUGAGAACAGCAACCAACCCGUCAACCUAACAGACUAGAAUAAUACUUAAAUAAUAUUAUAACAUAAAAUUCUCAAAUCCCACUCGGCAGCAUGAAGGACCGCACUCAGGAGCUCCGGAGUGCUAAGGACAGUGAUGAUGAUGAAGAAGUUGUUCACGUGGAUCGAGACCAUUUUAUGGAUGAAUUCUUUGAACAGGUGGAAGAGAUCAGGGGAUGUAUCGAAAAGCUCUCUGAAGAUGUUGAACAAGUGAAGAAACAGCACAGCGCUAUCUUAGCUGCACCAAACCCUGAUGAAAAAACAAAACAAGAACUGGAGGACUUGACAGCCGAUAUCAAAAAGACAGCAAACAAAGUGCGAUCCAAAUUGAAAUCCAUUGAACAGAGUAUUGAACAGGAAGAAGGGUUAAACAGGUCUUCGGCAGAUCUGCGCAUUCGGAAAACACAGCACUCCACUUUGUCACGGAAGUUUGUAGAAGUAAUGACAGAGUACAACGCCACACAGUCCAAAUAUCGUGACCGCUGCAAGGACAGAAUUCAAAGACAGCUGGAGAUCACUGGAAGAACGACUACAAAUGAAGAGCUGGAAGACAUGCUGGAGAGUGGGAAGCUGGCGAUUUUCACUGACGAUAUAAAAAUGGAUUCACAGAUGACAAAGCAAGCCCUGAGUGAAAUUGAGACACGACAUAAUGAGAUCAUUAAGCUGGAAAACAGCAUUCGAGAGCUACAUGACAUGUUCGUGGAUAUGGCCAUGCUGGUGGAAAGUCAGGGGGAGAUGAUCGACAGAAUUGAAUACAAUGUUGAACACUCGGUGGACUAUGUGGAGAGGGCUGUAUCAGACACCAAAAAAGCAGUAAAAUAUCAGAGCAAGGCUCGAAGGAAGAAAAUUAUGAUAAUUAUAUGCUGUGUGGUAUUAGGUGUAGUAGUAGCUUCCUCCAUUGGAGGCACACUUGGAUUCUAAUUUGAACAUAUAAAAAUAACAAUAAAUUGUAUAUUCAGUGAACAUAACAGCACAUAUUCCAGCUACCUGUAAUUAACUUCUGAACAGAUGACUAAAUCUAAGUUUCUUUGCUGAUGGCGACAGGAUACGCAUGCACAACUCAGAAUAAGGCCAGGCUCUUUUUAUUCAAGGCAAAUGAGCAUGGAAUUCUGGCAAUGCCUUUAAUAUUAUUAGUUGGGAGGGGAGGAAAGUAAGAGGAGGUGUAGAGUGGGCAUUGCUAUGCUCCCAAGCCCACUGUCGAUACCCCAAAAAAAGCAAUGGGCAGCAUUUGACCAAAAUGUCUCAAAAGGGUCUUCAAGCUAUAUUAUGGGAACUUCUUAUUUCAGUUAUAUUGCUCCCAUUUCUGUAAAUGGCUGGUGACAGGAAAUUAUUAGUAACAGCUGUUCACCCAGUUUUAUUUUACCAUGGUAAGUGAACUUGGAGAAGCACCAGGAAAAAGUAAUGUUGCCUAGACUAAAAACAAAUUUAUAUGCACUUGUACUACUACUGCAUUCAGAAGUGUUAGGACAGUUUAUUUUGGAAUAUGUUAUCAUUUAUAACUGAGCAUGCUCAGUUUAAGGUACCCUAUCAAAUAUAUUUUCAAAGUCGGCUGAAUAAUUUCACAGCUGCUUCUGUAUGACCAUGUUAAAGAGCUACUUUCCUCAAAAGUACUUUAUAUCAUAUCAGAAACUACUUAUUUUGGAUCAGUAAAAUCUAUAUUUAGAGAAAUAUUUUGGUUUAAUUUUGUUCACAUUCCCUUGAGGCCUGUCAUUCUUAGGUCUGUUUGACAGUGGCAUUAAAAACAUCUCUAAUAUGUGAUGUCACAACUAUAACUUCCAUGACAUCAGACCAUAACCUCAGUUCAAUGGUACAAAGUCAUGGAUCUGCAAACAAAUUUAGAGGCAGCUCAUGAGGGAAAGUUUCUAUUUUUAACCAAAAAAGAGACUUUUUACUUUUAAAAGAGACCACAAAAAACAGUCAUGUAUGUAUGUGAGUGUAUAUAUAUAUAUGUAAGUAUAUAUAUAAUAUAUAUAUUUUUUAAAUUUGUCAGACGGUACAAGUAGCUCUUUAACAGUUAGGAAUACCCUUUCUCUGUUUGUUUCCGCAUGAUGUACUGUCCGUUCCAAGCUUAGAUUUAGUGGUCUUUUUAAAAUCAUUUGGUACUGAGUUGUGUAUUGUAGACAGUAUAAUGUUCUAUAGUCUGUGUUGUAACUGCUUCAGUUAUUAACAUUUUAUUUUGGGAGGAAGGAAUGGCUGUAAAUUACCAUGUUACCAUUUUCAAAAAAAAAAAAGGCAAAAACGUAUUUAUAUUUAUAUGUUUUGUUUUCUUUUUAUUGUCAGUGGUCCAUUUGUUUCGUUUUUUUGUUAUAAUUGUCAAAGCCUCACAUAUCAAACAUGUACAUAUAUACAUUACGGGUUUACAAAGGCAAUUCUGGACUUCCUUACCUAGGCUAUGUAUAAAGGACAAAUACUGUAUGUGAUUUUGCAUGCCCCUUCAAUGGAACUACAUUUCCCAUAAACCUUGGAAGUUACUUUACAGGGACAGAUUACACUGUUUCCAUCAUUGUACUAGUAAGGAAUGAAAGGCAAUAUUUCCAGAUCUUUAUUUAUGGAUUUAUUUAGCUAUUUAAUUAUUUCUUUUUUUUUUAAGACAAGCAAAAUAUUGCCAGAUUACUAAAUUAUAAAAUCUCAUUAAAAGGUGUUUCAAAUGA